AAUAUUCACAAGCUUCGGAGGACGCAAGGUUUCCCGAAAGUCAGCUGCGGCGGCCCCGGCGGACAGGACUGGCUCUAUACCUCUCGCCAUUUUUGAACCUGGCCUUUGGGGACUAACGCUUAUUUGUCGGGCACAAGGUUUUGUUUUUUCGUGUGUUUUUUUUCUUUAACAGACAGGACAACUCUCCAUGAUGAUGGAAAUGGAGGUGAUGCAUUCAACUCAGAAGGACAUGGACCUGAUAGACAUUCUGUGGAAUCAGGACAUUGAUCUUGGCGCCAGGCGGGAGGUGUUCGAUAUCAACCACCGCCAGAAAGAGCAUGAGCUGCGGAAGCAGCGCGAGCUUGAGGAGGAGAAGAAGCUGCACUUGAUGCAGGAGCAGGAGAAGGCCCUGCUGGCGCAGCUGCAGCUGGAUGAGGAAACGGGAGAGUACAUACCCUGCCCGCCACCCAGCGCCCCUCUGCAGCCGACCAUCACACCCCUGGAGGAUACUCAGAAUGCCGGCUUCACACAGGACACAGGUGACAGCAUGUCAUUUGAUGAGUGUUUGCAGCUCCUGGCUGAGACGUUUCCCGUAGAGCAAACUCCGACUCCACCGGUUUGCUUGGACGUCGCUGCUGUUUCAGUACCCAUGAUGAUGUCCCCAAAGCAGGCGGCUCUGUUGCCAGUCACCCUGUCCUCAGGUCAGCCGACUCCACCACAGAGCAUGUCUCCCGACCUGGAGGAGGCUUGGAUGGAGCUUUUGUCUCUCCCUGAGCUGCAGCAAUGUCUGAACAUGCAAAUGGAAGACACACUGCAGACCACAACAUACCCUCUCCCAGCCAAUGCUGAAGCACAGACUCCAAGCUACCCAAACUAUCCCCCAGUCCAAGCUUCUAUUUUCAACCCCCUAAACAGCAUCAACAAUGUCAAAACAAACAGUCUGAAUGUUGGCCCCGCAGAGUUUAUGAAUACAUUCGAUGGCUCCAUUCCCAGCGUGGCUCCGUCAAAUGCUUUCGGACAGAUCAAAGUGGACACCCCCCAGCUAGAUACAAACUUCAUUGGCGAAGAUGUUGGUGGGGUGUUUUAUCCUACAACUGAGCAGAACGAGUGCAGGAGUCAGCACAGCCAAGAAGAAAAUGAAAGAGUGUGUGACUCUCCAAACAAAGUCGCCUUUACGCACAUGGAACUUUACAGCCUCUCUCCUGGAGAUUCGUUGAAAGGAAGCAAACAGAGUCUGACAGCAGAUCAUCUAGACUCGGAUUCAGGAGUCUCCACCAAUGGAAGUCCAAAUGAAAGAUCACCAGGCAGAUCUGUGUACGGAAGCGGGUCUUUUGGUUACAGUGAUUCAGAGAUGGAAGAGAUAGACCAGAACCCUGGUAGUGCACAGUCUGACUAUUCUGAGAUGUUUUCCUUGAAUUUUGAACCUGAUCACCUUAUGAUAUCAGAACCAGUGUCCGAAAUGACUGAGCUUGAAACACAAGAGCUCGAAAAGAAACCCAAACAAUCCAAUGCAGACCUGGCAGAGGACAGCGGCCAUGACGGUGCUCCUUUCACCAAAGACAAACCCAAAAAACGCUCAGAUGUGCGUCUCACCCGAGACGAGCAGAGAGCCAAGUCCCUCAACAUCCCCUUCACCGUCGACAUGGUAAUCAACCUGCCCGUUGAUGACUUCAACGAGCUCAUGUCUAAGCACCAAUUGAACGAAGCCCAGCUGGCCCUCGUCCGCGACAUCCGCCGCAGAGGCAAGAAUAAGGUGGCCGCGCAGAACUGCCGCAAGCGCAAGAUGGAGAACAUCGUGGGCCUGGAGGGCGAACUGGACUCGCUGAAGGAGGAGCGGGAUCGUCUGCUGAAUGAGAAGAACAAGAACGCGAUGAGCCUGAAGGAAAUGAAACGGCAGCUGAGCAGCUUGUACCUGGAGGUCUUCAGCAUGCUGAGAGACGAGAAGGGAAAUUCGUACUCUUCGUCGGACUACUCUCUGCAGCAGACGACGGAAGGCACCGUCUUCCUCGUCCCUCGCAUUAAAAAGACUUUCAGGAGUGAAGAAAACCACUUGUCUCCCUUGUAACCUGGCACUGCAUCAUUAUAGGAUACUAUGCAAUAACUUUGUAUUCACUCAGCUUUAAACUUUAGCAGCUUGACAGAACUGUUGUAGUUUCUGCUUACUCCUCUUGAACGUUGCAAUGUUUUUUGAUAUUUUACUUUUAUACUCUUAUAACCUCACAGAUUCCUUCACCAAUGGUUUGUAAAUAUAAACAUUACCUGCUUCUGAGAUUAGGAAUGUUACUGUGCCUGUACAUAUAUACAUAUAUAUAUUGUGUGUCUGUGUGUAUAUAUAAAUAUAUAAAUAUAUUUCUGUAUGCUCAUGAUUGUUUGAAUCAAUUUCUUUUUUAACUUCCCUCUGAUUUGCUGCCCAGUUUUUUUUUAAUCCUGUCUUCUAUGCUUUGAAAUAAACUAAAUAUAAAAGUGUAA